UUUGUGUUGUUCGAUCGUGACUUCUGAGGGAUAACAAUAAAUUCCUCUCCGUGCACUUCCGGUUGACUCUUCCAAGUUGUUGUUCAAUCGAUGUCAUUGAGUUCACAUGUGAAUUGUGCCGAGAUGAAUGAAUGUAAAUCCCCAAUUGGGAUUCAAACAUGGAUUAUAAUCGACUAUGGAUUGUAUUUUCUCUCAAUCGAAAUUUUCUCGCGACACUCAUGAAAUUCCCGUGAGUGCAACUGACGAAUGGAUUUACCGGGUAAUCUAUGAAAAUACGAGUUGUUGUUCGCAGUAAUCAAAUUGAUUUGCAUAUUCACGAGAGGAGCUGGGGAGCGGUAAAAAUUGAAAAAUUACUAUGCAAACCGUAUUUUCCUCAUGAUGCAAAAUGGUUUAGUCUACCCCGUGCGCCCGCUGAUUUGCAAUCUAUCGGCAACUCCAAAUGAAUAAUAAACAAUUUACAAUCAUAUCCUAAAAAUUCAGAAAUUGAAAUGUUUUAUUUCAAUCGUUAAAGUGUCGUAAAGUGUUUGCGUACGUUUUGACGAGUUGGGGCGGUGUGUUGGGACUAUUUACUCGUUGCAAUGAAUGCAGAUGGUCGUAAACAAUAGGUGUACAAUCAAAAUGCUGUUAAAAAGAUUUAAAAAAAGCUAGAAAACAGCAGUUGAAGUGGCUGCGGCACCGGGCUGUCGGUUAAUGCGAUACAAUGCGAUCAUUGAAUCAACGAGAAGGGAAUGAAUGACCGGGGUUACUCGUAUUUUCCACUUGCUUCGUAUUGCAUGGACAAUGUGCGAUAAACUGCUGGCCAUCAUGAAAGGGAAUUCUUCAAAAACGUACGAUACGUACCCCAAGCGGACACAGGAUAAGGCAUUUGUGGUGAACAUCUAGUCAUACUCCUUUUGUGGAGAUAAUUCUUGGAGAAAACCGAGUGGCUUCUCAUUCGCGAUAGUGGGAUCCGGUGGAGUGGAGAAGCUUUCUGGGGACUGGAGGGAACCAAUGACGUUGAGGGAGACUGUUUGGAGUCGGGAAGUGUUUGGAGUUAAUGGGGAAUCGUGGAUAUUCCUGGCGUCAUCGUGAUUGUUGACAUCUUGUGUUGAAUAUUGAAGGGCGGUGGUGAUAAAUCGAGGAGUCGGGGGAUUGUGUGCGCUGUGAAAAUGAUAUUGAGGCACUCGACCGACUGAAGAGAACUCGAUUAUUGAAGGAAAUAGUGACAAUGGCGACUCGAGUAGCCAGAAAGAUGAUGGUCUGGUCGGUGUGGCUGGGAUUCUUCAUCGUCUCUCUGCCACGCGUCUAUCCGCAGAUGCCGUGGACGCCGAUAUUUGUUGGUGAAGACAGUCAAGUGGAUUUCUGGACCCAGAGCGAGACCGGAUGCACCUGCAGCUUUAAUUCAUCGAGCAAGGAUUGCGCUUGUUGUGUAUUAACGGGGGGGUGCAGUUGUGGGGCUGCCAUGCCAAAGCGCUGUGGCCAGUGCGGUUUGGAGAAGUACUGCACAAACAUGUGCAACAUAACGCUGGAUAGUAAGGAACUACUCAGCAAGUCGAAUAGAGGUUUUGGACAGAUAAAAUCCCCAUCGAUAGAGGGACCCACUGAGUGCACGUAUAAAUUCAUCCCGGAUACAGGCCAGCGAGUUGAACUGCAGAUUUAUCGUCUUGUUUCUAUUGGACGACAUAAUGGAAAAACGUGCGAGGGGGGCUGGUUGCAGUUGGAGGGCGGCGCACGUGUUUGCGGACCCAAUGCACGUUUCAAUCGACCUGUUGUCCUUUUCUCAGACAAGCCCGAAGCAACACUACGAAUGGUAAUCAAUGAAAAUACAACGAGGUCACAGUUUUUGGCGUAUUACAGCUUCGCAUCGAAGGCGAGCACUUCUGUCGGGUGGCCUGUGAAGGGUGGAAAGCCUGUUGAGAACUCAGAAUGCGACUGGGUCUACGAAGACUGCAUAAAUCGUGACUGUAUCCUCGCUAGUCCUGCCUACCCCGGUCUCUACCCACCCAACGUAAGAUGUCGUUAUCUCAUUAAAUCGAAUGGCACUGUAUCGAUCACAAUUAUCUUCAGCGCUGUGCUUCUAUCCUACAACCACUGCACCAGAGAUUACAUCGCUGUUUACGCCGGACCCACCAUUUCGAGUACCAUGCUGAAGAUGCUGUGCAGCAAUGAGAAAACUACUGUGAUGCAUACCGGACCGGAACUACUGGUGGAAUUCAAAUCUGGACCGGAAGUUCCGCCAUUCAAUUACAACGGGUUUCUAGCGCGAGUGAGUGUCACAGAAUUGACAACAGCCGCCCCCACAACAACAACAACAACAACAACCGCCACAACCGAAAAUUUGGUCGAUGUUAUCAGAGCCAGCAACCCGAUGAGCAAUAGCAUCCGCUCGUCCGACCGUGAUUCCAAUGAUUUACGAAAGGACCAGGGUACAUUGACCUGCGACGUUGACAUAGACGGUGACAAGUACAGAACAGGACACUACGAUACACGCAAAAAAAUUAAAACAACCGACUGUCACUUGAUCCUACGUGGCAGACUCUCCGACACGAUUCACGUGCUUCUGUCGAGCUACAAUCUGAGUACAUCAGCCUGCAAGUCGACGAUUGAAGUUUGGGAUGGGGUGGUGGAGCCUGGUAUGAGUCAGGGGAGCGGAAAAUCCCUCAAGAGAAUAUGCAGCCCCUCGCAGAAAGUAUCACAUGAUCACGAGAACAACGAGAGGUACACAGAGACAGAGCAUUACUCCUCCACCGGCAGGGAUAUGACGGUUGUUUUGCGACGAGCAUCAAACAAACCACCCGAUGAAGAAUUCAUGGAUGUCGCUUACUAUUUUCACGAUGAGAGGGAGGGGGGCACUCUACGGCCCUCGAGUGCCUGUGACGUCGAGUACUACGGUCUGAGCUCACCAAAGGAAGGCUGGGUGGUGCACCCUAUUUCCAGGCUGUUCACCCUGCAAGGCUCCGUCAAGUGCAAACACCACUUCAUUCCAGCCGCUAACCAAUCGGCGAUUCUCACGGUGGAGAAUGACAGUGCCAAACGGGCAGCCAGCAAUCUCUGCGUUACGCUUUGCGGAGACAGUGGGUGCAGGUGCAUGAGUGACAGACCUCUGGAUACCAUUGAUUAUCUGCAAGUUGGGUCGGAACCUGGACACAUCAUUAUGUGCCUCUGUGGGGAUUACCAGAAUUGGCUACCCCUGAAAAUCCGAAGUUGGACACCCCUCUAUAUCGAGUGGUCUCGCUCAUCAAGAUCAGGCUUGGGUUUCAAAGCCAACUACAAAUUUGCUGAGAGUGCUUACUGCGGCGAUCAUUCGACGCGAAAACCGGAGGGUAUGAUACGCGCCGAGGAUCUCAGUGUACCCGGUAUCUCGAGUCUCAAUCAGUACUAUCAACAAAAGUGCAUGUGGAUAUUGGAUUCGUCAAUCGACAGACAGCUCAUCAUCGAGGUUGAAUCAUUCCAGGACAGACCCUGUACAGCCUGGAACUUGACGAUACACGAGUACAAGAAGACCGGUGAUCCCAUUGGCCAGAGACUGCACACAUUCUGCUCACGCGAUAGGCAUAAAAAUUUCACCCUCCCCUGGAAAAUGAACACCGCAGUUGUCAGAUUGCAAGCGCUCGGCAGAACGGCGCCUCAGUACGUGAUGAAAUGGCGAAGUGACACAGUUGUGGCGAAUACACGAAAAAGUGGCCCCUCGCCAGCACCAAAUUACGUAUCCGGCACGUCAGUGGCGGUACUCGUUAAUCAUCACUCCUUCCCUCUGCUUUUGUCAACCUCGUUGUUAUUAUUUUUAUCGUGUUAUGACAAUGUCUGAAUUAUCGUGGGGUGUCUAGUGUACAUAGGGGAAUUUCUCUUGCCUGCGAAUAGGGGAAAGAAUUAACGAGUGGACAAUUUUAUCGAAUCAAUUCAUUGAAUUACUGUAAAUAAUAUAAAUAAGGAGGUAGGGAAGUUUUAAUUGACAGUGCUGGCAUUAAUUUCUUGUAUAUAAAAUGUAGAUUAAUAGAAUUUGUACAGAAUACAUUGAAUUUAAAUAAUGGGUAAUGUAGGGUGAUGGAGAAAAGUAAUGAGAAAAUUUAUAAUCGGGGGUGUAAGGCUAGAGAAACGACGAAUUUUGGCGAACGAGCUUGGGGUGCCUCUGCGCCACAAUUUGCUUACGAGGAACAUCAGUUAUUCCAAUGCAAUCCGAAUGAAAUGAAAGUCUGCCAAAAAGGUGCGCUGAAAGUCCACAAUUCAAGAAAAUUCCAGACC